CUUAAUCCGACAGUUCGACAACCUUGGGCUUGAAGCCAAAUUUCCACCAAAAUUUAGGCAAUACCCAAUAUAGAUGGGAGAGGCCUAUCAGAUGAGGUGUAAUGUGUAAACCAAAUCCAUUCUGCCAGCCGCAGUAUACUGUUUAUUUAUGCAUCUUCUUCUGAAAACUCCUACAGUAGCAUUCCACAUAGACAACAAGUCAACAAUUGCUGGCUGCCCAAUUCUCUACUUCAGCCGUCCAAUUUCGGUAGUCGCAGUACUGCUCCGCCAACUGCCUACAUGCCUUCUUUAACCACCAGAAAAAAUUCGUCACUAUAUAGUACUACCAGCUCCUAGUGUUCUUCGCUGAAUUGCGUGACUGAACUCUCUCUGUAUCCCCUACUCACCUUGUCAGGGGAACCCCACUCUCAUCAGGCAUUAGCAAUGGCUAGCAAGGUGAUGACGGCCGUGUCAGCAGCCUCGCAGCUCGAGCCGUGGUGCGACCUGCGAGGCAAAGUGGUCCUUGUCACGGGCGCAUCGUCAGGGUUGGGUCGAGAGUUCGCUCUCGACCUAGCCAGAGCUGGAUGCAGGGUAGUGGCUGCUGCUAGACGCGUCGACCGCCUGCAGUCUCUGUGCGACGAGAUCAAUGUGCAGACCAUCGCUAGCGAUGGUCUGCAUCGUCGCGCUGUGGCUGUGGAGAUGGAUGUUUCGACGGAUGGUGGGGCCAUCGACGCUGCGGUGCAGAGGGCUUGGGAGGCGUUUGGGAGGGUGGAUGCAUUGGUCAACAAUGCAGGGGUGAGAGGUAGCAUUAAGAACCCAUUAGAGUAUUCUGAAGAGGAAUGGAACCACGAGGUGAAGACGAAUACGACGGGGACUUGGUUGGUUUCGAAGUCAGUCGGCAAGCGAAUGCGUGAUGCCAGGGUCGGAGGUUGCAUAAUCAACAUCGCUUCGAUCGCCGGUCACCCUCGUGGUCAAGCGGCGGUCGGUAAUGUUGGUUAUAUAACUUCCAAAGCGGGAGCAAAUGCACUGACAGCGGCGAUGGCUCGGGAGUUGGGGGUGUACAGGAUCAGGGUCAACUCUAUAUCACCUGGGAUUUUCAAGUCCGAGAUAACGAAAGGCCUGAUGCAGAAAGACUGGCUGAAGCAGGUCGGCAAGAGAACACUCCCUCUACAAACAUAUGGAACUGUAGAUCCAGCACUGACAUCGAUCAUCCGAUACCUCAUUCAUGAUUCGUCGCAGUAUGUGACGGGCAAUAUGUUCCUCGUGGAUGCCGGAGCCACCAUACCAGGCGUCCCUAUUUUCUCUUCACUUUGAAGAAAAGCUUGUACUGGAAAAUCAUAUCAAUGUUAUCAUUUAGUAGACUCUAUCCUAUUCAUAGUAGUCAUGGUUGGAUUCGAAUUGUACUCUGUACUUAGUAAAUUGCAUACUCGGGC